AACACAAUUUACCCAAAAUACACACAUUUUCUUAAAAUUUUUGUACUUUGGUUUAACAUUAGUUCCGACUUAUGAGUGAACAGAUAGUUUGUGGCUCUUAUAAACAAGGCUACAGAAGGCUUAAGCAGCGGUGAAGAGGAUUAAACCCUAAACCCUGAUCUCCUCCUCUCUUCCUGCCAGUUUUAAAGCCCCUGAAAAAUAGAAAAAGCUUAUCUCAACAGUGGCAAUGAUUUUACGUCUCUCCACUGCGAUGCUCCAUUCCUUCAGUUUGUCAACCACUACCCCAAAGCUCCUCUCUCAUUUCACUCCCUCCUUUUUUCUCUCUACUUCCGCACUAUCUCCUCGAAUCCGAAUUUGGCUCAAUCAAUCCUACAGCCGCCGAACCAGGGCCUUCAGUAGCGCCGUUGUUACCGCCUCUUCUCCAAAGAACACUGGGACGGAUACCUUCUUUGCUGAAGACACUGUUUCCUGGCAGUCUCUAGGCUUAUCUGAUCGGAUCUCUCAAGCUCUCUCCAAUGCCGGUUUUGACAGGCCCUCCCUCGUUCAGGCUGCCUGCAUGCCAUCUAUUCUCUCCGGAAAAGAUGUAGUAAUUGCAGCAGAAACUGGCAGUGGUAAAACAUAUGGUUAUCUAGUUCCUCUAAUUGAUAAGCUCUAUGGUGCUCGGCAUGAUGCGGACAAUGAUUUGGAGAAAGCUACUGUUUCUUCACGUACCUUCUCCAUUGUUCUUUGCCCAAAUGUAUUGCUCUGUGAACAAGUGGUUCGAAUGGCUAAUGAUCUUUCAGGCGAUGAUGGUAGACCAAUUCUCAGAGUUGCAGCGGUGUGUGGUCGACAGGGGUGGCCGGUGAAUGAACCAGAUGUUAUUGUGUCAACGCCAGUUGCUCUUUUGAACAGUAUAGACCCCAAAAAACAUCAUCGUUCAGAUUUCAUUCGUGCUGUAAAGUAUGUGGUUUUUGAUGAAGCAGAUAUGCUCCUUUCCGGGGGCUUUGAGAAUCAUGUUAUUCGUCUUAUACACAUGCUCCGUUUUGAUGAAAAGUUAUUGUCUCGGGUGAAUAAAGCUGGAUCUGAGAAUCCUGUAGAACCGAGUUCUGAUUCUGUGUCACACUUUGACUUCGAGGGUGAGGAAGACAUGCAAAAUGAAUCCAUCUCAGAAGCUGAGGAAAUGUCUGAGGGUGAUGUUGAUGCUCAGGACUUGAUGGAAGAAACUCAAACUUCGACGGUCAAGAGAAAGGACUGGAUGAGAGUGAGAAAAAAUUAUGAACGAAGUAAGCAGUACAUAUUUGUUGCCGCAACCCUUCCAGUUAACGGAAAGAAAACUGCUGGUGCAGUGUUGAAAAAGAUGUUUCCGGAUGCCAACUGGGUUAGUGGAAGCUACCUCCAUCAACACAACCCUAGAUUGAAGGAGAAAUGGAUUGAAGUCACAACUGACAAUCAGGUUGAUGCACUAAUAGAGGCUGUAAAACAAUUUGGCUCAAAAGCAUUGGAUCAUGGUGCUGGUGUUAGCCGAACCAUGGUGUUUGGUAACACCGUUGAGGCUGUUGAAGCAGUGGCUAAUAUACUGCAGAGGGCUGGGAUUGAGUGUUACCGUUACCAUACAGGCCUCUCUCUGGCAGAACGUGCCGAGUCCUUAGAUGAUUUCCGAGCAAAAGGUGGAAUUUUUGUGUGCACGGAUGCUGCUGCUCGUGGUGUUGACAUUCCAAAUGUUUCACAUGUCAUCCAGGCAGACUUUGCCACUUCUGCCAUAGAUUUCUUGCAUCGGGUUGGUCGUACAGCACGGGCUGGUCAAUUUGGAGUUGUUACCAGCCUCUACAAUGAAUCCAACCGAGAUCUUGUUAAUGCUAUCCGUGCAGCUGGGAAGCUGGGUCAGCCUGUGGAAGCAGCAUUUAGCAGGAAAAGAAGUUUCCGGAACAAGCUUAAAAAGAGAGCAGGUUCAAACAAAGCGGGACACAUAUCAACUGCUGAAUUGAUGGUGUAAGACAUGGUACAGAAAGAACAAUAGUUAGCCACUAAUCUUGUAUCAUUAUCACCCAAGUGAGGAUUUUUUUUUUUUUUGUUACUUAAAGGUAUGGUAUUAAAUAUUUUAAAGAACACAUUCCCAUUGUUGAA